AUGUACGUGCUAUCGCCUCUGCUGGCGGCGCUGAGCUUCUUGCCGGUCGGCCCAGCUGCAGCACCGGCUCUGCAGAGCCGGCCGCAGCCGUUUGGCGUCGCGGCGGCAGCGGCGGCGGCCUCGCCGUGCAGCAGGAGGAGAGCGAGGCAGCCGCGUGCGGCGGCAGCGGCGGCGGACGACGGCGACUAUUACGACCCUUCCAAAAUCCGCAACUUUUGCAUCAUCGCGCACAUCGACCACGGAAAGUCGACGCUCGCGGACCGGCUGCUCGAGACGACGCGCAGCGUGGCGGCGCGGGAGAUGAAGGCGCAGCUGCUCGACAGCAUGGACAUCGAGCGAGAGCGCGGCAUCACGAUCAAGCUGCAGGCGGCGAGGAUGGACUACUUCGCGUCGGACGGGGAGCGGUACAUCCUCAACCUCAUCGACACGCCCGGCCACGUCGACUUUGCAUGUGGGGAGAUGUACUACUUUGCGUACGAAGUCUCGCGAUCGCUGCAGGCGUGCGAAGGCGCUCUGCUGGUGGUGGACGCGUCGCAGGGCGUCGAGGCGCAGACGAUCGCGAAUCACGCUUCACGCAUCAACCGCCAAGUUUACCGUCGCGUUUUGGGCCAGGACCUCGAGAUUCUGCCGGUGCUCAACAAGAUCGACCUUCCCGGCGCGGACGCUGACAAGGUGGCUGGCGAGGUGGAGGACGUCAUCGGGCUCGACUGCUCCGAGGCGAUCGCCGCGUCAGCAAAGCAGGGCAUCGGCAUCGAGGUCAGCCCUGGAGCGGCCAAGCGGCGCCACCUGCCGCUGCGCGCGCUCGUCUUCGACUCGUACUAUGACGCGUACCGCGGUGUUAUUGUCUUUAUCCGAGUGGUCGACGGCAAGACGAUCCAGUUCUCCGCGUCCGGGGCAAAGUACGAGGCGCUCGAGGUCGGCGUGCUCACUCCGGGCGUGGGGGCGGGGCAGCAGUCGAGGCCGGUGUUGCGGGCGGGGGAGGUGGGGUAUGUCCACGGGGCAAUCAAGUCGGUGGACGACGCGCGGGUCGGCGACACAAUCACAAUCUCCGCGUACAAGGACGGCUCCGCCCCGCCGCCGACAGAGGCGCUGCCCGGCUACCGCGAGCCGGUUCCGAUGGUGUACUGCGGCCUCUUUCCGACGGAGACGACCCAGUACCAGCUGCUGCGCGACUCGCUCGAGAAGCUCAAGCUGAACGACGCCGCCCUGGUCUGGGAGCCGGAGACGUCCUCCGCGAUGGGGUUUGGCUUCCGCGCGGGCAGAGCGCACUGCGAUCAUUUGCAGGAGCGGCUGGAGAGGGAGUACGACCUCGACCUCAUCGUGACCGCGCCGUCGGUGGUGUACGAGGUCGAGCUCAACGACGGGACGGUCGAGCGGGUGGACUCGCCCGCCAAGCUCUGCGAUGCAGACAAGAGGAGCUCCAUCUCCGAGCCCUACGUCAAGAUGGAGCUGUUUGCGCCCAAGGAGUACUCUGGCACGCUGAUGGAGCUGGCGCAGCAGCGGCGCGGCGAGCGCGGCGAGUACCGCGACAUGAAGUUCAUCGGCCCCGAGAGGGUGGCGAUCACGUACGACCUCCCGCUCGCCGAGGUCAUCACCGACUUCUUCGACCAGAUGAAGUCCCGCUCCAAGGGGUACGCCUCGAUGGAGUACCAGAUCACCGAGAACCGCCCAAACGACCUGGUGCGGCUCGACAUCCUGAUUGCUCAGGAGCCGGCGCCGCCCCUCUCGACGAUCGUGCACCGAGACGCCGCGCACAGCAUUGGCAAGAAGCUGACUCGCACGCUCAAGGACCUGAUCCCGAGGCAGCAGUUCAAGGUGGCGCUGCAGGCCGCCAUCGGGCAGAAGAUCGUCGCGUCGUCGGCAAUCUCCGCGAUGCGCAAGGACGUGCUCGCAAAGUGCUACGGCGGCGACAUCUCGCGCAAGAAGAAGCUGCUCAACAAGCAGGCCAAGGGCAAGAAGCGGAUGAAGGCGAUUGGAAAGGUCAACGUGCCGCAGGAGGCAUUCAUGGCGGUGCUGAGUCUGAAGGACGACUAGCGGCUGUGUGUCCUCUCUCUGCUGAGUCCUGUAGUCGUGUGUGUAGUCCCGCUCGGUCAAGAUUACGUUAUUUCGUUCGAUGAACACCGUGUCUUCUGG